CCUCUCACCACGCAGUUUAACUCUGCAGCACCUCUGAUCCCUCAGAAGCGGUUCUUCCUCAUCUGUCGGCUGCUUUUGGUCCGCACUCCUGCUGAAGCUCACUUUGAGACACCUGAAAUGCACCGAAACAAGUUGGACAGCAGGACACCUGAACUCUCACCUGCCCGUCCUCAGCCAUUCACAUUCACAUUCACAUGAGGAGUCUAUGGUUACUGGGAGGACCUGACCGACACACCAUCAGGGACAGGAUGGUCUGGGUCCUUCUGCUGGUCGUCCUCACAGCCUCAGUCUGUGGGAUGUUUGCUGAGAGAAAGACUCCCACCGUGUAUCAGGCGGAGGAGGACGACAACAUCACCGUCACAUUGGACAGUCACAACCAAACCGACUUGUCUCUCGCCAACAUCAUUUGCCUCCUGCAAUCGAAGCCUCUGAAGGUUUUGUAUCAAACGAUUGGUGGUGCUGAGGUCCCAGAGUCUCAGCAUCAGCAGUUUGCAGGACGGGUGCUCUGUGACGGAGACGCCCUGAGACGAGGACGAGUCCAACUUCACGUGUCCAGAGUCACAGCUGAAGACUCAGGUGAUUACAGGUGUGAUCUGGCUGCUGAUUACGACAGGAAGGAGAGGAGAUGGAGGCUGAAGACCACCGAGAUGUUUGCCUUGAACGUGUCCCAUCGUGGAGCCAACAGCGACGUGUCCCUCAACACACCAAAGUCACCUGAAGGUGAAUCAGGAUGGUCAAAGACGGAGCUCAUAGUGUACCUGAUGUUGGCUGUUGGUGUUGUGGUUUUGGUUUCUGCCCUUGUUGGUCAUCAAGUUUAUCUGAGAAGGCGCUCAGCUCAAGCUUCUCGAGCUCAAGACCAGGAUGUUCAGUCCCUCAGUGAGCCCCUGAAACAGAUCAACAACAAGUCAGGCACACAUCCACAUGUGAUCCAGGUUCCAAACGGUUCAGGACUUCAGAACCUGACCCUCAAACCCCCAUCAAACAUGAGGAGCACUUUGAUGGUUUCUCCAAGAUGAUUCUUCACUGCACUGAAACAAACUUUUCAAACUGCUCCUGAGGACAUUGAAAAUACUGUUUAUUUGUAUUCUGUUGUCUUUUUCUUUCUUUUUGCCAUAUGAGCUUGAACUUUGCACAACUCAUUUCAUUUCCACAAUACCGCAGUGCCACUGUGAAUAUUGUUGCCAUCCCUGUUCACUGUUUAUAUCUUCUUUUUCAUUCUGAUUGUUUCUAUAUUUAUAUAGUGUUGUUUUAUAUUUAUAGCAUUAAGUAUUUUGUAGGUUAUUGAGCUUAUUCCAGGACCAGAGAAACUAAUUUGGUUCCGACUCAUGUUUCUACAUGUGUGAAAGGACAGUAAAGCUCCUUGAAUCCUUGAA